AAACCUAUUUUCGUAGAAGAAGAAGAAGAGGCGGAAGUUGUUACAUUGUAACGGAGCGCCUUUCUUCAAAACACAACUGGGUGAUUUGCUGACCCACAAAUUUUACUACAAUGCCUCUGUCCACUCAGUCCCAGGCCCAAGAUGAACAAUACGUCUUAGUGGCCAGUUUGGAUAAUGCUCGCAAUCUCUCCAACAUCCUGAAAGCUAUCAGCUUUAAAGACCAUGCCAUCUUCAGUGCCACUACCAACGGCCUGAAGGUCACAGUAGAGGACUCAAAAUGUCUGCAAGCCAAUGCCUUCAUCCAGGCUGAGAUCUUCCAAGAGUUCACCAUACGGGAAGAUUUGGUGGGUUUUCAGGUCACACUCACUGUUCUGCUGGACUGCCUCAAUAUCUUUGGAGGAAGCACAGCACCAGGAGUGUCAACAGCCUUGCGGAUGUGCUACAGGGGGUAUGGUUAUCCUCUGACCUUGUUUCUGGAGGAGGGUGGUGUGGUGACUGUUUGCAAGAUCAAAACACAAGAGCCAGAAGAGCCAAUUGAUUUUGAGUUCUGCAGCAGCAAUGUCACAAACAAGGUGAUCCUGCAGUCAGAGAGUCUGAAGGAAGCUUUCUCUGAACUGGAUAUGACAAGUGAGGUGCUACAGAUCACCAUGUCCCCCAGCCAGCCAUACUUUAGGUUGUCAACAUUUGGGAACUCUGGAAAUGCUCAUUAUGAUUAUCCCAAAGACUCAGACAUGAUGGAGCUGUUCCGAUGCACCAAGACACAAAUCAACAGGUACAAGAUGUCGCUGCUGAAGCCGACCACCAAAGCCCUGGCUUUGUCCUGUAAAGUCUCUGUGAGGAUAGACAACAGGGGCAUCCUCUCUCUGCAGUACAUGGUCAGGAAUGACGAUGGACAGAUCUGCUUUGUAGAAUAUUACUGCUGUCCUGAUGAGGAGACGGAUGACGAGUGAUAACAGCCCAUCUGUUAAACUCCCCUUUCACUAAGCACCUUAACUUCUGUGGUCGCCAGUUGCUGUUUGACCAAAUGGUGACAUUUAUGUUACUGGACUUGUGGAAAGAUGCUGCUACCUAC